AUGAAGCUGAAGCUUGAGGGCAAAGAGAUCCUCCCUUCAAACUUACCAACUAGAUUGUUGGUAAUUUGGCCAAAACAACUGUCACCUAUAACUCAGUGUUCUGCCUAUCAUGUCGUUGUCAGAUUCAGAUGUCUCUGACUUGACAGAUUUGUCUUCUGACGAAGACGACUUCCCUCUAUCCAAAACAACGAGGACAACGGCGUCAAAGAAAAGCACUAAAGAAUAUAAGAUUUCUGGUGUUCUGCGCGCGCCGCGGACCACAUCAUAUACAGCCAAAUCACUCUACGACCAAAUCAUCGACAAUGUGAUUGACCUUGACCCAGAAUACCAACGUGAUGUUGUAUGGCCAGAGCUAAAGCAGUCUGGUCUUAUUGACUCUAUGUUGCGAAACUACUACAUGCCUCCAGUUAUAUUUGCGGUAUCAACAGCCGAUGAUGGUAGCGAACUGCGAACUUGCAUUGAUGGGAAACAAAGGCUGACUUCAAUACAGAGGUUUAUAGAUGGGCAGUUGAUACAUGCUUUUGCUGCAUACACUCACUCAAUUUCGCUUUCUAUCACAGAUAAAGAUUCGUUUACAAACGAAAGGCUUUGGUACAGAUUGAGCGCCACUAAGGCUAGACGAAAGCUCCUUCCGAAACAACUUAUCAAUCAAUUUGCGAACAAGCAGAUUGUAUGCGUCGAGUACAGCGACAUCAAUCCAGAUCAGGAGCGUGAGAUUUUCCAGAGGGUCCAACUAGGCGUUGCACUUACUCCUGCGGAACGCAUGCAAGCAAUUGUUGGCCCUUGGCCCACGGUCAUUCGGGAGAUUCAAAGUCAAGUACUUGGCGAAGAUGGAUUUCAGGGUUACCUUGACUGGGGUCACGCACGAGGACGUGACUUCCAAUGUGUGGCAUCUAUAGGCUACCUCAUUGAGAACCAUCCCAAGCCCACUGUUCCCUCCGCCCCGACACUUGAAAAAUGGCUCUUGAAGAGCGACCCUGUCUCUCCGAAGCUCCGCGAGGACUUGCUAGACACGUUCCGUGUCUUCCUCGUCCUAGCUCGGGACCAGAAAUACAGUCGCUCGCUUAACAAGCCUACUCGAGUUUCUCCCAUAGAGUUUGUGAUGAUCGGUGUCCUAAUUUACCUCUUCCGUGAUCGUCUGUCGCUUACUCAACUCUCCUCUGCCAUCGAAAAGAUGCGAAAAGACGUACGCGAUGUCCACCAAGAUAUUCGGGCAAACGGCAGAAUCACCAAGCAUAUGUUGUUGUUCAUGAGCGACAGGCUCAAAAUAUCCGACCUAAGAACCGAUGGGGAAGGUGAUAAACCUGCCGCUGGAAGACCUACACAAGCCAAGAAACGGAAGAGGGUUGUGGAAUAUGAUGAUGACAGUGAGGAGGAGGAAAUGCCUCGCAAAAUAACCGCCUCCAAGGCACCACCCGCUGCAUCUUCGACUUCAAAAUCAAAGUCUUCAGGAUCUGCUUCCCAAAAGAAGAUUGAAUCCAAGUCAAAUCCUGUGACAACAAAACUGUCAGCUGCCCCUGUAGUGCCCCAAUCAAAACAAAAAAAAGCAUCCCCAGAUGCUCGACCACCUGUUAAAAAAAUAUCGCAAACUCCAGUGCAGGGAAAAGCGCCAUCUCCAAUAUCCGCUCCUCCCGCGGCAUCAACCAGGCCAUCGUCACCUUUCACGCAAGUACCUCCCCUCCAAUUGAAAAAGGCAAUUUCGGCCCACCCUACCAGACCUUCCCCUGCACCUGUUAGGACCGAAGCUCGGGUUUCUCCAGCAGUAAAGUCGGAGCCACGUAUGGCUUCGAUAUACCCUUCUCCCGCGAUUCCAUCCAGUGUACCAGCGACUGAUAGGCUUGGUCCUAUUCGAGCUGCGAAAGAGGCUAUUCGAACAAAUACUGGUUCUCAGAUCCAGUCUCCUGUUGCUCCUCACGCAGAGCAGGGCACGAGUUUCGUGUCAAAUCUUGGCUUGAAUGGUUCGACAGCUACGCGUGAUCCUCGCCGUGCUGGGCCAUCUCCACCGGCUGUCGCUGUUCCGCCACAACAAAGCCCAAACCCGCUAUAUGACGGUAUGGGGCAACCAUUCCAAAUCAACCCCGCGGAGGUUGAAGCUCUCUUGCGGGCACGUGGACUCAUGGUGCCUCAUAAUCAACAAAUGACAAUGAACUCCCCUAUUGCGUUGCCUGAACAGGCUAUGGCAGCUGUGCAGUCAGGAUUGAAUAUUUUAAGCGGGGUUAGUGCUUCUACUCCUGGUCCUUCGAAUUUUUCGCAGGGCGUGUCUGCCAGUGGUUCCGGGCAGGGUAUGCAGCCGGUUCCGUUCUUGCAGUAUUCCCAGGGAGGCCCGCAAGCCCCGCUGUACUUCCUUGGCCCAUCGCAAAAUGGGUUCUCAAACGGGACUCACCCUGCUCCGCAUCAUUCCCUCCCACAUCGGCCGUCAUCAACUGCACCGGCCUCGAUCAACACAGACGUAUCAACUGCGCCGCCGCCGCAUUCUGCGUCCUCUACUGGAUCGUUCAAAGAUGACCGACGAUAUAGUGACUAUGGACGACGGGACUACUCGAGAGGCGGUGGGCCUAAAGACUAUCGACGUAAUGAUUCCCGGCGGGAUUCAGGUGGGUGGGACAGUCAGAGAGAAAGGGAUGGUGGCUGGGGUCAAAGGGGGAGGGAGAGCUGGCGAAAAGCAUAGGCGUCAAUCAAGGCGCUAGGAGGUAUUCGGCAGUCCUAUCAGCACCAUGCGCUAGCCUCGUUCUUGAAGAUUUCAUUCAUCUUGUAGCAUGUUUAGCCCUUUUCAUCAUCAUGACACCAUGCUUCUCAGACUUCACUGCACCGCCGACUGGCUUCAUUCAUUAUACCUAUUGCAACCCGUUUAUAAUAGAUCCAUAACGACCA